GAAAACUACAAUAACAAUGCGCCAAUGCAGUCUGCGCAUGCGCGCACACCACAUAUCCGAGUGCGACGCCAGUAGAUAAACCUGCUGCCGAAGAGAGACGGACUGAAACGAGAAAAGGACCAAUGAUCCCCAUAUGUCCCGUGGUGUCGUUCACCUAUGUGCCCAGCCGGCUCGGUGAAGAGGCCAAGAUGGCCACCGGCAACUACUUCGGCUUCACGCACGGCGCGGCUGCGCAGUACAGCCAGCAGCCGGGCGGGGGCGUGGCCUACACCCACCCGUCCACGGUGGCGAGCUACACGGUGCACCAGGCCCCGGUGGCAGCCCACACCGUGGCGGCCGCCUACGCCCCCACCGCCGGGGCCGUGGCCGUAGCCCGGCCCGCCCCGGUCGCCGUGGCAGCCAGCGCCGCCGCCUACGGGAGCUACCAGCCCGCCCACGCCGCCACGGACUACGGCUACGCCCAGCGGCAGGCGGAGGUGCCCCCCCCGCCGCCCCCCGUCACCUCCCAGAACUACCAGGACUCCUACUCCUACGUGCGCUCCACGGCCCCCGCGGUGGCCUACGACAGUAAGCAGUACUACCAGCAGCCCGUUGCCACGGCAGCAGUGGCGGCGCCGCAGCAGACAGCCGCAGAAUCCUACUACCAGACAGCGCCCAAGCCGCUGUACACCCAGGGGGUCACCCCCUACACCCAGGGGGUCACCCCCUACACUCAGACCCGCCAGGUGACCGCCAUCAAGCCGGCCGCCCCCAGCCCGGCCACCUCCACCUUCUCCAUCUACCCCGUGGCCUCCACCGUCCAGCCCGGCCCCCCCGCCACCGUGGUGCCCGCCUACUCCCAGAGCCCCACCUACAGCACCAACGCCGUCACCUACUCUGGGACCUCCUACUCAGGCUACGAGGCGGCCAUCUACUCGGCGGCGUCCAGCUACUACCAGCAGCAGCAGCAGCAGCAGCAGAAGCAGGCGGUGGCGGCGGUGGCGGCGACGGCCGCCUGGACCGGCAGCACCUUCACCAAGAAGCCCCCCCCCUUCCAGAGCAAGCAGCUGCGGCCCAAGCCCCCCCCCAAGCCCCCGCAGAUCCACUACUGCGACGUGUGCAAGAUCAGCUGUGCUGGCCCGCAGACGUACAAGGAGCACCUGGAGGGCCAGAAGCACAAGAAGAAGGAGGCGGCGCUGAAGGCGUCCCAGAGCUCCGCCUCGGCGGCGGGGGGCGCGGCGGGCGCGGCCCGGGGCACCCAGAACCAGCUGCGCUGCGAGCUGUGUGACGUGUCCUGCACCGGGGCGGACGCUUACGCUGCGCACCUCCGCGGGGCCAAGCACCAGAAGGUGGUGAAGCUCCACACCAAACUGGGGAAGCCCAUCCCCUCGACAGAGCCCAGCGUGGUGCCUCAGACCAGCACCGCCCCCUCCUCCACCAAGACCUCCACCUCCAGCCUGCCCGCCGCCUCCGCCCAGGCCUCCUCCAGCGCCCCCUACCUGAAGCCCGUGGCCAUGGUGAGCGGAGCGGCAGGCAAGGCGCCCAGCUCCGCCGCCGCCGUGAAGAAGGUCGCCACGCCCAAGAUCCACUUCGUUGGGGGCAACAAGCUGCAGACCACGGCGAAGGCAGAGGAGCCCCGGGCGCCGGUGGCCCGGCCCCCCGCCGCCGCCGCCGCGCCCUCCAGCGAGCCCAAGAGCGAGGUGGCAGAGUCCCUGGCCGCGCUGGCCGCGCUGCAGAGCGAGGUGCAGCCCGUGGGACACGACUAUGUGGAGGAGGUCCGUAACGAUGAGGGUAAAGUCAUCCGCUUCCACUGCAAGCUGUGUGAGUGCAGCUUCAACGACCCCAACGCCAAGGAGAUGCACCUGAAGGGCCGGCGCCACCGGCUGCAGUACAAGAAAAAGGUGAACCCUGAACUCCAGGUGGAGGUGAAGCCAAGCAUCCGCGCCCGCAAGGUCCAGGAGGAGAAGAUGAGGAAGCAGAUGCAGAAGGAGGAGUACUGGAGGAGGCGUGAGGAGGAAGAGCGCUGGAGGAUGGAGAUGAGGAGGUACGAGGAGGACAUGUACUGGAGGCGCAUGGAGGAGGAGCAGCACCACUGGGACGACCGGCGCCGCCUGCCCGACGGCGGCUACCUGCAGGGACCUCCCGGGCCCCCCGGGCUGCUGGGGGUCCGCCCCGGCAUGCCAGGCCCUCAGCCUCUGGGGCCAAUGCCCCCCCGGCGGCCAGACUCCUCUGACGACCGCUACGUGAUGACGAAGCACGCCGCCAUCUACCCCUCGGAGGACGAGCUGCAGGCCAUCCAGAAGAUCGUCUCCAUCACAGAGCGCGCCCUGAAGCUGGUGUCUGACAUCAUCACGGACCAGGACAAGGAGGUGAACCCGGAGAAGAGCCAGGAGAAGAGCCAGGAGAAGAGCCAGGAGAAGAGCCAGGAGAAGAGCCAGGAGAAGAGCCAGGAGAAGAGCCAGGAGAAGAGCCAGGAGAAGAGCCAGGAGAAGAGCCAGGAGAAGAGCCAGGAGAAGAGCCAGGAGAAGAUGGACUCGCCCAAAGACAGGGCCCUGAAGGGGGUGAUGAGGGUGGACGUCUUGGCUAAGGGGCUGCUCCUGCGCGGGGACCAGAAGGUGAACCUGGUGCUGCUGUGCUGGGAGAGGCCCACCCAGCGCCUGCUGAGCCGUAUCGUGGAGCACCUGCCGGCGCAGCUCACGGUGGUGACGCCAGAGAAGUACGAGGUGAAGGGUUCCGUCGAGGAAGCCGCCAUCAUCCUCACUUCCUGUUCAGAGCCGAAGAUGCAAGUGACCAUCACCCUGACGUCGCCCGUCAUCAGAGAGGACGGAGUCCAGGACGGAGGUUGGAGACGUCCCUGCAGUCUCUCCCGCUUCCCUCUACACCCCCGUCCCUCCCUCUUCUCUCUCUACACCCCCCGUCUCUCUCUCCCCUGCUCUAUAUCUAUCAAUAUAUCUCUAUCUCUAUCUCUAUUUAUAUAUUAAAAUCAAUCUGAUCUAAUGGGUCAAUGUAUUGAAUCAGACUCUUAAGAGCAGCUCCCUGGUGGCACGUCACAUUUCAGCCAUUUUAUCUCCUCUAGUUUCUUCUCAUGCGUGCGUCAGGCUCUUACUGUAGACAACGAGAAGCUUCCCGGAGGCCCUCAGAGGGUGAUGUUCGUAGGCUCCGAGCGUCUGGACCUUCUUCUGGAGUCCCUUUCUUCAUCAUACCUGCAAACUCGUCGCCUUUCGCUGAAAUUCACCACGCUGGCAGAAAAGUUUGAUCCAUUUUGAACCAGUGGUUGUUCUAUUAUGAGAUCCUGACCACAUCCUCCACCCUGAUGGUGUCUGUUGGGAGCGUAUCAUCAUUACUCCUGGACUGAACCAGCACGUGGGUAGAGUGGUGGACGGGCUAUGACCUCUAAACCCCUGUAGAGGCAUGCUGGUGGGCGAGGAGGGCUCCUCAUCGUCUCCCAGGAGCCUCACCUAGAACAGGUCACUGCAGGCUCUGACAUCUUGUUUGCAGUACUGCGGUAUCAAAGGCAGUUUAAAAGAAGGAUGAGAAACGCUGGUUUAGCACAUUUGAUGUUCCGUGAACUUAUCUUCUCGUCUCUAUCGCGAGUUUGCAGGUGUGAUUACUAAAAGCAUUGAUAUGCACCGACUACACUCCACUCAGGAACCCUGAAGCUAUCCUUAUUGAACGUCUAUUUCUACCUAUUCAAUGAGACGUAGAAUGUGCAGUUUGAACAGUGCCAGCAGUGACUGCCUUAGGGCCCCGCUCUAUAAUUGAUCUCUUAAAUGCUCUCCUGAAACCAAGCAUGAUCAGUGUCUGCAUUGUGUCAGUGUAGACCUCCUGGGAUUGGGUUUCCUCGUAGUGCUAAUGCAUCUCAGCUGCUUCUAGACGUCCACAGACGCUCCGGUGGAGUCCAGAGGCCGUCUUAACUUGAGAACCUGGUGUGAAACUCCAACUUCACGAUUAACUGCAAAGUUUCUUUGAUUGUACUUUGUGGCAAAGUUUGAAUUGUGCGCCAUUUUCUCAAUUUAGGACUCCACUUAGGAUGCAAGGAGCCGGGGUCGCGCCUCCGCAGGAAACGAACGUAGCUCGUUGUCCGACCGCUGGACGCGCUCAGAGCACUCCCUCAGUCUCAACACAACCUCUCACUAAUCAGGCCUCAAUCAGAAACGGCUCCCAAAAUCACCCCCUUUUUCCAAACACUGAGAGCCCUGCUUACAAUGCACCGUGUCCGGCUAGGAUCAGGUGGGCUAAGACGGGCCAUCAGGUGAUCAGGGCGAGGGGUUGUGAAGGAGGGGGUCUGACGUGUUGACGACUGACUGGGUGUGCAUGCAGCGACCUCCUGACCCUGCGCCUUCUGGGGCCUUAAAGUGUUCUUUCCUUUCCAGCACGCAUCGCUGCCUCGUGUCUCCUAGUCCAGCCUAAAGCCUCUCAAACAAACCUUAGUGACUCCCAGUGUCUCCGGAAGGGUUUCUGACCAAGGUCCCCCCAAUCACCCCUCAGAACACUUUGCCACACCUACCGUCACACACCUGCUGCUCCCACACACACCAUCACCCCCAACCUGCAACGGGUUAGGGAUACCAGACAUGGGGGGUUAGUACUACCAAGACCUGGUGGGUUAGGGUUGGUAACAUGUGAUGAGUUAGUUAGACCGGGCUAAGUACCACUAUACAUCUGAUGGGUUAGUUAAAGUGGGGUUAGUACCACGAGACAUGUGAUGGGUUAGUUAGACCGGGGUUAGUACCACGAGACAUGUGAUGGGUUAGUUAAACCGGUGUUAGUACCACGAGAGAUGUGAUGGGUUAGUUAGACCGGUGUUAGUACCACGAGACAUGUGAUGGGUUAGUUAAA